GCAGAAAUCAUUAAUACGGACGCGUUGGCCCUUGUUAUACUCGUACCAUCCUGUCAUGACUUUGUCCAUCUUUCCCUGUCUUGUAUUACUUGUUGGAUCCUGCAGCGGAUUUAUAUUUGGAUCAAAUGUGCAUCCCUGGGACGGAUUGAAAGUGACUUGGGGUAUAAACCCUUUCAAUAGUAUCAACUUUGCUGACAUGCCCAGAACAGAGGCCGAGGCCGAACAGAGUGGAUUUACAAUAAUAUCAGGUUGUGAACAUGAAAAUUUUCUUGGAAAGAGAUACAUGAAAGACAAUGACCCUGCUGUCAUCCUUAUUUAUGACGUCAACGGCUACAUUGCUGGUAUCCAAGCCGGGAUACCCACAACUCUGAGUAAUGGUUAUCCAUCCUUAGAACUUCAGAAACAUCCAUUUGUCAGAGAUUUUGACAAGCAUUACAUUACAGCUUACUUUGUGUCACCAGAUUUGAUAUGUACACGUGGGCGCACUUCCAGUGAGGUUAGUACCCAGGGUACAGGGACCGAUCUGUACAUACAAAAUAGUACUAACCCAAUGGAGUCUAUAAAAAUACCCCACCAGGAGGCCGACAUUGGAUCGACAAAAUGGGUCAAAGGUCACUGCUUUCCGGCUAUGGGUGUUCAUUAUUGGUACGACAUUUCUCUCGACAUGUCAUGUGAUCAACUUUUCCCUGUGUUCCUUCUAUAUAAUGGAGGAGUCUUGAAUGCGUUUGGAUGGGCUUUUAAGGCAGAGCUUCCAUCACCAAGAUACGAACAUCUUUCCCAAUCAACGUUCAAAGCUUUCAUGCAAGUCAAACCUAGUUGUCUUGACCAAUCAGGGACGCUUUCCACACUUCAUAUUUACCUUAAUGGACGUCCACAGACUGACUUUCUCUGCGAUUAAAUUUUUCUCUCGUGUAUUUCAUACCGUAUUUAGUUUCAGUUUGUAAAUAAGUAAGACCAUUACAACACUUCAAAAUAAAGAAAUCAAGGAAU